CGCACGCACUCCAGAUGGCCGCGUCCAUGAGAUCUUUGGCCCGUCAGUUGACUCGUCUUUCAAAAAGAAAUGCCAUCUCAACCUUAUCUAAUGUUUCAUUUCGCUCGGGCUGCUGUUGGAGAACGUCGCCUGGCCGUAAUUUCAGCGAAGCAGCGGAGGACAGAAACACACAUUUCGGCUUCGAGACGGUGUCGGAGGCAGAGAAGUCGAAGAGAGUGUAUAAGGUGUUUGAGAAUGUUGCUCAGAAGUACGACGUUAUGAAUGAUGCCAUGAGUCUGGGGAUCCAUCGCCUGUGGAAGGACAUGCUGCUGCACGCCAUGCACCCUCAGCCCGGCGCUCGGCUCCUGGACGUGGCAGGUGGAACAGGCGACAUUGCUUUCCGUUUCCUGAACUACGUUCGUUAUCAGCAAGAGAGGAAGAAGCUGCGAGCGGCGCAGUCCAGCCAGACUCCACUGUGGCAGGACGGUUACGCCUCAGAGGAUGGACCACCACAGUCCAAGGCUGUGGUCUGUGACAUCAACAAGGAGAUGCUGAAAGUUGGCAAAGAGAAAGCCGACAGUCUGGGCAUCACUUCUGGUCUGUCGUGGGUGGUGGGAGAUGCAGAGGAGCUGCCCUUUGAUGAUGACCAGUUUGAUAUUUACACCAUCGCCUUUGGCAUCCGAAACGUCACCCGUAUAGAUCAGGUCCUUAAGGAGGCUCUGCGGGUUCUGACACCUGGCGGCAGGUUUAUGUGCUUGGAGUUCAGCAAAGUGACAAAUCCUGUUUUGUCGAGCCUUUACGACACCUACAGUUUCCAGGUGAUCCCAGUUUUAGGAGAGGUGAUCGCUGGAGACUGGAAGUCUUACCAGUAUUUAGUGGAGAGCAUUCGCAAGUUUCCACAUCAGGAGGAGUUCAAAAGCAUGAUGGAGGAUGCUGGUUUCUGCUGCGUGCAGUACUCCAACCUCUCCGCCGGCGUGGUGGCUCUUCACUCCGGUUUCAAGCUGUGAGCUGCGCGCUGAUGCACCGUGCAAACCCUGAGGGGAAACGGACUCGAGCUCUUUGUUUAAAACUUUUAUUUCAAACACGACGCCUCAGAGCCGCCACUGAGCAAAGCGUGGGUCAAAGGUCAGUGGAGCGUAUUUAUUGAAUAACCUGUUAAAGCGAUCUUUAUGGAACGGCACUUUUAAUUGUACAAA